AUGAAGUGGUUUACUUACGUUUUGGCCUGUGGGCUAUUCCUAGUCGUUUUCGGUGCCCAGACUACCGAUAAGCCACUCGGAACCGUGAUUGGUAUCGAUUUGGGUACAACAUAUUCCUGUGUCGGCGUUUACAAAAAUGGCAGAGUAGAGAUCAUAGCUAACGACCAGGGAAACCGGAUCACUCCUUCAUACGUUGCAUUCACUCCUGAAGGCGAACGUUUGGUCGGAGAUGCUGCCAAAAAUCAACUGACAAUUAAUCCAGAAAACACAGUUUUCGAUGUAAAAAGAAUUCUUGGUCGAAGCUGGGAAGACAAAGAACUGCAAAAUGACAGAAAACAUUGGCCUUUCACAGUUGAUAAAAAGGGAAAAUCAGUUGAAAUUAAAGUUUCGGUCAAAGGCGCUUCAAAAACUUUUGCGCCAGAACAGAUUUCAGCCAUGGUAUUAGAGAAAAUGAAGGAAACAGCCGAACAGUAUCUUGGCCAGAACGUUACGCAUGCUGUUAUUACUGUUCCUGCAUACUUCAACGAUGCGCAGAGACAGGCGACGAAGGACGCUGGUACAAUAGCAGGACUCACUGUUUUGCGUAUUAUAAACGAACCGUACUUUAAGUCAUUUUUUGUUUCUUUCUCUACAGUUCCUUUUAGUACUGCUGCUGCCAUUGCGUACGGUCUUGACAAAAAGGAAGGUGAAAAAAAUAUUUUGGUUUUCGAUCUCGGCGGGGGCACCUUCGAUGUGACACUGUUGACAAUUGAUAAUGGGGUUUUUGAAGUGUUGGCUACAAAUGGUGAUACCCAUCUUGGCGGAGAGGACUUCGAUCAGAAUGUCAUGGAAUAUUUUAUAAAACUAUAUGAAAAGAAACAUGGCGUCAAAGUAAGAAGUAGCAAUCAAGCGGUGCAAAAACUCCGACGUGAAGUUGAAAAGGCAAAAAGGCUGUUGAGUUCGCAACAUCAGGCGCGCAUUGAAAUCGAGUCAUUCUUCGGAGGAGAAGAUUUUAGCGAAACUCUUAGUCGUGCGAAAUUUGAAGAGUUGAAUAUGAAACUUUUCCAAGAUACUCUGAAACCUGUCCAGAAAGUUCUCGAAGAUGCUAAGUUACCUAAGAGCCAAGUAGACGAAAUUGUCCUCGUUGGUGGCAGUACGCGUAUCCCAAAGAUUCAGCAGCUCAUCAAAGAUUUCUUCAAUGGUAAAGAACCAAGUCGAGGCAUCAAUCCAGAUGAAGCCGUUGCUUUCGGUGCUGCGGUGCAAGCAGGCGUCAUAGCCGGCGAAGACGACACCGGCGAUCUGGUCUUACUCGAUGUGAACCCCCUUACUCUCGGUAUUGAAACUGUCGGCGGCGUCAUGACAAAACUGAUUGGCCGAAAUACCGUCAUUCCAGCAAAGAAGUCGCAGAUAUUCAGUACAGCGGCAGAUAGUCAACCAACUGUUACAAUUCAAGUCUUUGAAGGAGAACGACCAAUGACGAAAGACAACCAUCUUCUGGGUAAAUUUGAUCUGACUGGCAUUCCUCCUGCUCCACGUGGUGUGCCACAGAUUGAAGUUACUUUUGAAAUCGAUGUUAACGGAAUUCUGCACGUAACCGCCGAAGAUAAAGGCACUGGUAACAAAAACGACAUUACGAUAACCAGUGAUCACAAUCGCUUGAAACAAGAAGACAUUGAACGAAUGAUCAACGAUGCUGAAAAAUUUGCCGAAGAAGACAAGAAAGUGAAAGAGCAAGCGGAAGCUAGGAACGAACUAGAAUCGUUUGUCUACUCUCUGAAAAAUCAGGUGGGCGAUAAAGAAAAGUUAGGAGCGAAACUCUCUGCGAAAGACAAGGAAACAAUUGAAAGUGCAAUCGAAGAAAAGAUCAAAUGGUUGGACGAAAAUAAAUCCGCUUCUACUGAGGAAAUGAAAAAUCAGAAGAAAGAGUUGGAGGAAAUUGUACAACCCAUCAUCGGCAAACUGUACCAAGGACAGCCUGGCGGAGCUCCUCCAGCUCAGGAAGAGAAGGACGAACUUUAA